AUGAGUAAUCAUCCGUAUCGUCAGAAGGCAACGAACGCUCCAUACCCGGUGGACAACAAUUCAUCUGGGAGUAGUUUCGAAGACAAGCCCUUAGAAGAAGCAGGAAAUUUUAACAGCGACAGCAGUCCACGAGUUGACAAGUCAGGGCCAUCGACCACGUAUCAUUCUCCACUAGAAGAUUCAGGUCACUUUACAAAUAACAAUAUUGCGGUGAAUAACGUUUUAAGAAACGAUAAUCUUGGAGCACCAUAUCCACUUUUGCUGUCGGACAUAAGAUCCCCUAAGUUUAUAUCAAGAGAUUCUGACCUUAGUUCGCCGACAUUUAAUUCGAGAGAACCAAAUGUGGUUUCUCCUUCAUCGAAUCCUAUGUCAGCUGCUUCGUCGGUCACAAAUUUAAACCUUAGUCACCCAAGCGUUCAAGACGGAGUGAAUAAGUCAGAGGGAAAUUCCACAAAUCCUAAGAAUCCUACCUUAGCUAAGCUUGGUCAUAACAGGUCUGUUUCAUCGGCAUCUUCUUUCUUCUACGAAAAAUCAGAUAACUCAAGUAUAGUAGAUUUUAAUCAAAAUUUAAUUCAACAGUACUUGGGUUCAAAUGCAACACAUCUUUUACCAAGGAUUAAAACCAUCGAGCUUUAUAGAAAAAAUGCUAAAAAGUCAAGCGAUCCAAUGGUUUUAUUCCAGUAUGCACAGUAUAUGUUACAAACAGCAUUAUUAUUGGACGCAAAUGAGCCAAUUGCAACGACUUCAUCAACAACUAGUAACGCAUCCUCAUUGGAUUCGCCAAAAAAGACAACGUCCGAUAAAGAGAAAAGCCAAUCGUCAUUAUCUUUGGCGACAGAGAAGUUUAAAAAAUCACACUUGAAGUCGUUGUCUUCAAAUUCUCUUGAUGCUUCUACAGAUAGCAUUGAAGUUUCAGAUAAAAGAUUAAAACAGUCAUUAAUCAAAGAAGCUGUUCAUUACUUAAGACGUUUAUCGGACAAGGGAUAUAUCGAUGCUCAAUAUCUUUUGGCUGAUGCUUAUAGUUCCGGGGCUUUGGGAAAAGUUGACAAUAGGGAUGCUUUCGCUUUAUUUCUAGCAGCAGCUAAGCACGGUCAUGUUGAAUCGGCAUAUAGGACAUCAUACUGUUAUGAAGAAGGUCUCGGAACCGGAAGAGAUGCUAGAAAGGCAGUAGAAUUUUUAAAAAUGGCUGCAUCUAAAAAUCACCCUGCCGCAAUGUAUAAGUUAGGAGUAUACUCCUUUCACAGCAGAAUGGGCUUAACGUCUAAUAUUACUACUAAGAAAAUGGGUAUAAAGUGGCUCACUAGAGCAUCUAAUGUUGCUAAUGAGUUAACUGCGGCGGCACCAUAUGAAUUAGGAAAAAUAUAUUUCGAUGGUUUCGAAGAUAUUGUCAUUCCCGAUAAGAAGUAUUCACUUGAGUUGUAUUCACAAGCGGCAGCUCUUGGUCAUGUCCAAGCAGCGGCCCUCUUAGGGAAAUUUUAUGAAAUUGGGGAAGUUGUGCCCCAAGACUCUAAUCUUUCAAUUCACUACUACACUCAGGCCGCUCUUGGAGGGGACCCUGAUUCAAUGUUGGCAAUGUGUGCAUGGUAUCUCGUUGGCAACGACCCAUUCUUGCCAAAAGAUGAUAACGAAGCAUUUGAAUGGGCAAGGAGAGCUGCUGCCUGUGGGCUACCAAAGGCUCAAUAUGCGUUGGCAAACUUCUACGACAAAGGAAUCGGUUGUUCCAAAGAUACUAAUGAAGCUCAAGUUUGGUACAAAAAGGCAGCAGAAAAUGGUGAUGAGAGAUCUCUAUCAAGAAUCAAUGAUAAAGAAUUAGUUUCAGGGUUGCAAAAGAAGCUCAAAAAGAAAUCCUUUGGCAAUUUUUCUUCACAAUCGCUGCCACAACUGUCCAAAACAAAAGCUUCAUCCCAAGAGAAAGAGUGUGUAAUAAUGUGA